UCACUCAAAAAUCGUCGCCCAAACUUUUUUAACGCCCAAAGUUGAUGACAAAAUACAUUUAUGGCUUUUGGCAAGCGUGGAUUAUUCAACGCAGUCCACUUCAAAUGGCACAAAUAUUCAAACGAAUAAGCAAAACACUGAAUUAUUCACUGUCGAAAACACCAAAACCAAAGACCAACAGGGUGACGCGUUAAUGCUACUCAAAGGCUUCUUGGAAUCCGUUGCUGAAAAUAAUGAUGGUGGAGGGAAACAAUUUUGUGGGGAGGAAAGAGGGGAGGAAGAAAUGAAAGAAGAGGUGAAUGAGGAGGUGACUGAAGAGGUAGAGGAAGGGAAAUUACAAGAAGAAGAACAGCCAACCACUUCUAGUAAUAUUUUUGUAGCUAGUGGAGAAGAGGAACAACAGCAGCAGGCAACUGACGAGCUUGAUUUCUUCGCUCCCCUGAAAUCCUUGUUACUCUCUUCAACGUUAGAUUCAGCCCAAGGAAGUGGCACUUCAACACCUUCACGUGCUGCAGUUGUAGAUUCUAAAGCUAUAAGAAAAGCGCAUUGUCAAGUAUGCGAUUUGGAUAUUUGUUCUACAGCACGUCAACGGCAUGUAUAUAUGGUGCAUUUGAAGAAGAAGGACCUAUUUAAAUGCAGAUUAUGUGAAUAUACAAAUUCAAAUUCAUUAUGGGAAGUUCAGAAACACACACGGAUGCAGCAUUCCUCCGAUAUAAGGCCUAUCAGCCAGGAAGAGAAACACAAACUGGAAAUACAGAUGUGGGGUCAUCUUUGCUUUCCUGAAUGGAAACAAAAGCCUCAAAAACGAAAAUAUCAAACAGAUGAAUUGAAUGAAGUAAAGGAGGAGGACAGAAAAGAAGAGGUUGAAGGACCUGCCUUUCAAAAACGAAAAAUGAAAAAAGAGGAAAAAUUGGAAGAGCCUGAGGAAGACAAGGAAGAAGAAGAUGAUGGAGGGAGAGCAUCCACAACAACAACAAGUGCUGGGGGAGGGGAUGGAGAAGGAAGCAAUAAUGAUGUAAAUGAUCGUUUGUGUCAUCUUUGCAUGGAGGAAUCAAAAUACCCUGGAAGACAUAUUGCUCAACGCCAUUUAAAUCAACCUCUCUAUGAAUGCCCUGUUUGUUUUAAAUUUGGAAGUUAUGAAAGUUGCACUGUUGUAAAGCACAUUAAAAAAGUACACCCAGAAGCUUCGGAUUUCACACCAAUAAGUAAUUUGGAAAAAUAUGCUGAUCAGAUUCGUGAUUUACAGGCUCGGUGUUUUCCCAACAGACAAAUGAAGCUAGUUCGCCCUCUAAACGCUGUAGGAAAAAGCAGGCCGCGUGAACGGCAUCAUUGUGGAAUGUGUGGGGCCGAUGUAGCUCAAUCCGAUAGGCAAAGACAUGUUUAUCACAAACAUUUGAGGAAGGGGAAGAUUUUUGAAUGCCCACUAUGCGAGUUCUCUUCAAAUUAUGACAUACAUAGAGUCAAAUGGCAUAUAAAAUGGGAUCACAAAGAUUUUGUAGCUAACAACAACGGUUCUUCCCCUCUUGAACCAAUAUCACACGAGGCACGUUUUCGAGAUGAAAUUGACGCAACAAAUGAAAAAUGUUUUCCUGGUUGGCAACGUAAAAGGCACAUUUCUUCUCCAGAAAGUGAAGAUUUUAAGGAAGAGAAGGGAGGGAAUGAAGAAAAAAUUGAGGGGGAAGGGGAGGAAGCGACAGACUUUGAAUUAAUGCAAAAAGCAUUGAAAACUAUGGCUGAACUUUUUCAACAACAAAAAGGGCAGGAAGGUAAAGGAGGAGGAGGAAACAAUUUAAUUCCGGAAUCUUCUAAUGCUUUGGAUUGGACUUGUAGGCUUUGCUGGGUAGCUCUCAGACCAGGCACAAACUUGUUAAGGCACGUAGCUAAAGACCAUUUGAAUUUGCCACUUUAUCAAUGCCCUAUUUGUGAAAAUCAUGGUGCUCAUAGUGCUUAUGAAGUUCGUUCACAUAUGCUACGUUCACACAAUGCAGAUACAAGUUUAGAACCCCUUAGCAGUUUGGAAGAAAAUAUUGAAGAAAUUGAAAAUAUUUGGAAACAAUGCUUUCCUCACAAAGAUUUUAAAGCUGGCGGAGGGGAAAAGGCUUUGAUGGUUUUGGAAAAUGAUAAAAAUUUUUUGGAUGAAGCUAAAGUUAGAUGUAAAGAGUGUUGGCAGGAAAUGAAAACUGAGGAUAGACAGAUCCACGUCUACCGCCACCAUUUACGAGAACCUCGUCUAUAUGAGUGCCCAAUUUGCGAUUUUUCUCAUUAUGCGUGUUCCUCUGAUGUUCGAAAUCAUAUUUUGAGAGCACACAAGAAUCAAUCUGAAAUGAUGCCUAGAGCCAAUUUGCUGAAAUUUUCUAAAGAAAUUGCUGAAUGGAAUGAACGUUGCUUUCCUGGAUGGAUAAAUCGCCGACUUCCUGCUAGUUUAAUUGAGGAUUUUAAUAGUUGCCGUCUUUGUGGAAUGGAUGUUAGACAAACUUCUAGACACAUUGCUGAACAACAUUUACAUAUACCUCUACAUCAAUGCCCACUUUGUGAGUAUGGCGCUGCUGAAGCUAGACUAGUUCAGAGACAUAUGCGAAAUAAUCAUACGUUAACGGAAUGCGAGGGACUAGAACCAAUCGCCAACGUUGAAAAACGUCGAAGUGAAUUUUCAGAAUUACACAAUCAAUGUUUUCCUGGAAGGCCUAAACGUUUAUCUAAUAUUACUAUUGCUGAUGAAAGCAGAAGGGCAAAGUGUAGAGGCUGUGGAAUGACUAUAAGUAAAAAGCGUCGUUUAAUUCAUUUAUUGGAAAAACAUUUAAAAAAGCCAAUAUAUAAAUGUAAAUAUUGUUUAUUCUCUUCAACACAUGAACGUUUAGCCGUUGAGGCACACCAAAAAGAAAAACAUUUAAAGCAACAAAUAAAUAUUAUUUCAAAUUUGAAUAAACAUAAAAAUGAAAUGAAGAGAUUGGCACAAGAAUGUUUUAAUGAAUUUAAUUUGAAACUUGAAGAUUAG